UGCAAACACAACUCAACGCACUUCUCAUUUGGAUUACUCUUUCAUAAAAUCAUAUUUUAAUUUCAUUUUACUCUAUAAGUGUAGAGUUAAUUGAAAUACACAUAAAAUUUUUAACAAAAGUGUCGCCAACCAAUCUCGUUUUUCGUUUGGAUUAUGUUUUAUUAAACUUUUUGUAAAUUAUUUUAUUACCGAAUUUAAGCAAAUAAUAUUGAUCAUAGCCAUAGCCAUAAGUUAGGCCAACAGUUGAUUGUGUGUAUUGAAGGCCUUAACUAGAAGUGCAUACAUAUGGAGUCCGCGCACUCCAAGACAUGGCAGGAAGUGUUGGACUACUUCCAGACCGACGUCGACAAAGGCCUCAGCGAUGAUCAGGUGAAGAGAUAUCAGGAAAAGUAUGGCCCAAACGAAUUGCCGGCAGAGGAAGGCAAAAGCAUUUGGCAGUUAGUUCUCGAGCAAUUCGACGAUCUUUUAGUCAAAAUCUUAUUAUUAGCCGCUAUUAUAUCAUUUGAACGGAACGCCGAAAGUGCUAUCGAAGCGCUCAAAGAGUAUGAGCCGGAAAUGGGAAAAGUGAUUCGUCAGGACAAAGCAGGCGUUCAGAAAAUCAGAGCCCGAGAGAUAGUUCCCGGAGAUAUCGUUGAGGUGUCCGUUGGAGACAAAGUACCCGCAGAUAUCAGACUCAUUAAAGUUUUGUCCACAAUUCUUCGCGUCGAUCAGUCUAUUCUUACCGGUGAAUCGGUGUCUGUAAUCAAACACACAGAUUGUAUUCCCGAUCCCAGAGCUGUCAAUCAGGACAAGAAGAAUAUUAUUUUCUCGGGUACAAACAUUGCUGCGGGCAAAGCAAUGGGUAUAGUGAUGGGCACAGGUCUGGAAACAGCUAUCGGCAAAAUUAGGACAGAAAUGGCGGAAACAGAAGAAGUAAAGACACCGCUUCAGCAGAAAUUGGAUGAAUUCGGUGAACAACUGUCUAAAGUUAUUUCUGUCAUUUGUGUUGCCGUUUGGGCCAUAAAUAUCGGUCACUUCAACGAUCCGGCUCACGGGGGCUCUUGGAUUAAAGGCGCCAUUUAUUACUUUAAAAUUGCUGUCGCACUGGCCGUCGCUGCCAUUCCCGAGGGCUUACCCGCUGUGAUCACCACUUGUCUGGCUUUAGGCACAAGACGUAUGGCUAAGAAGAACGCAAUUGUCCGCUCUCUGCCAUCCGUUGAGACCCUGGGCUGCACUUCAGUCAUUUGUUCCGAUAAAACCGGUACUCUUACCACAAAUCAGAUGUCAGUCAGUCGAUUAUUUACGAUUCAAAACGCCGAGGGAUCUGACAUUGCAUUGGAUGAGUUUGAAGUGACCGGAUCUACAUAUGAGCCAAUCGGUGACGUGUAUAUGAAAGGCAAUAAAAUCAAGACUUCUGAUUAUGAGACACUCUUCGAGAUGGCCACCAUCUGUUGCAUGUGUAACGACUCGAGCAUUGAUUUCAAUGAAUUUAAGCAGGCGUUUGAGAAAGUGGGUGAGGCCACAGAGACAGCACUCGUAGUGUUGGCCGAAAAGAUGAAUCCAUGGAAUUUCGAGAAACGCGGUCUCAACCGAAGAGAUACCGCUAUUGUUGUCAAUCAGAACAUCAAGAAUAUGUGGAGAAAGGACUUUACAUUAGAAUUUUCUCGGGACAGGAAAUCAAUGAGCACUUACUGUGUGCCCAAACAAGUGGGCAAACUCGGCGCCGGACCCAAAAUGUUCUGCAAAGGUGCACCGGAAGGAGUAUUGGAUCGAUGCUCUCACGUGAGAGUCGGUGACAAAAAGGUUCCCAUGACUUCAGCCGUGAAGAAUCGAAUUUUAGAGACAACCCGUCAUUACGGUACGGGUCGGGACACACUUCGAUGCUUGGCUUUGGCCACUUUGGAUAACCCGCUGCGACCGGAUGAGAUGGAUUUGACCGAAUCGACCAAAUUUAUCAACUAUGAGGUUAACAUGACUUUCAUUGGAGUGGUCGGUAUGUUAGACCCGCCGCGCAAAGAGAUCUUUGACUCGAUAAACCAGUGCCGCGCCGCCGGUAUUCGAGUCAUUGUCAUUACCGGUGAUAAUAAAGCGACCGCUGAAGCCAUUUGCCGACGAAUUGGUGUUUUUACUGAGGAGGAAGACACGACUGGAAUGUCAUAUUCUGGCCGAGAAUUCGACGAUUUGCCGAUCAAUGAGCAAAGAAGUGCCGUUCGAAGGGCGCGACUGUUCUCACGUGUAGAGCCGGCACACAAGUCCAAAAUAGUGGAGUUCUUGCAGGCGGACGGAGAGAUCUCUGCCAUGACUGGCGACGGCGUCAACGACGCGCCCGCACUCAAGAAGGCCGAGAUUGGAAUAGCUAUGGGUUCGGGAACCGCUGUCGCCAAGUCAGCCGCUGAGAUGAUAUUAGCGGACGACAACUUCUCGUCAAUUGUUGCGGCCGUAGAGGAGGGACGAGCCAUAUAUAACAAUAUGAAACAAUUCAUUCGAUAUCUUAUCUCAUCCAACAUCGGCGAAGUCGUCAGUAUUUUCUUGACCGCUGCCCUCGGUUUGCCCGAAGCCUUAAUUCCUGUCCAACUCUUAUGGGUUAAUUUGGUGACAGACGGUCUGCCGGCUACUGCUCUCGGCUUCAAUCCCCCAGAUCUCGAUAUUAUGGAUCGUCCGCCCCGUAAGGCCAACGAACCACUCAUUACUGGAUGGCUGUUCUUCCGUUAUAUGGCUGUCGGAACAUACGUGGGCGCGGCGACGGUGGGUGCGGCAGCAUGGUGGUAUAUGGUCGCUGAUAACGGCCCUCACCUCACUUACUAUCAUCUGUCGCAUCACUUGCAAUGCAUCGGUGACGCCGAGAACUUCAAAGGCGUCGACUGCAAUAUUUUCCACGACCCGCACCCCAUGACUAUGGCUCUCUCCGUUCUCGUCACCAUCGAAAUGCUUAACGCGUUGAACAGUCUAUCGGAGAACCAGUCGUUGGUAGCGAUGCCCCCGUGGACUAACAUCUGGCUGCUCUCAGCGAUGGCCCUCUCCAUGACUCUUCACUUUAUGAUUCUUUAUGUCGAUAUUCUUUCGGUUGUAUUUUCUGUGUGUCCGCUGACAGUGAUUGAAUGGUGGGCUGUAUUGAAGAUCUCAUUACCAGUCAUUUUAUUAGACGAAACAUUAAAAUUCAUCGCAAGAAAGUUCAUCGAUGGUAACCGUCAUAAUAUGGAGGCUAUCUAUUUGAUAGGCGCUUGGCUUUCAUACUUUGCUAUCUUGACUUCUAUACCCGUUUAAUAAUAUAAUAUAACUUAAUAUAUAUAACACUAAAAGCAACGAUUCAUUUGAUUAUAUAAACGCUAUUUAAUAUUGAACGCUAACCUCACGGCCGUAUCACGUCAUGUCUUAGUGGACACGUGUGGUAACGAGUGGCACAUUAAUAGGCAGAAGGUAUGCCUGAAUGUGCCACUCGUUCGCACACAAAGAGGUGUCUAUAAUGCGGAUGUGAUCUGCAAUGAUGUUAUCGUUCAAUAUUCGUAAUUUUAAUACAAUUUUUUUAUACCAUUCACCCCAACAGUAGGUACAGUCGCACCAUAUGUUCCCUCUAAAAGAUAAUUUAAUUAAGCCAUACAUACAAAACACCGGGAGAUUUGAAUUAAUUGUUAAUUUAAACGAAUUCUGUUAUUGUUUUAGAAAUUAAAAUAUUAUUUUGUAAAUAAGACAUGGAAUGAAUGAAAAUCAAUAAUUUAUUUAGUUUGUCGUUCAAUUACUUUUGUCACAAAUCUGUCCA